GACUUUUAUUUUUAAGGUAAAUCGCCGAGGUCACGGCCUUAUUCUUGCUAGGUCUUGUUUAUUCCUGCCUGCGGAACGGAGAUCUUCACAGCCGUAUUAUUUGCUAUCUGUGACGUUAUCCUGAUAAAUUUCCAGGCAGGCUUGUUAGUGCAAAAGUAAGUAUUCUAUCGUCCUUUCUAUUUUAAAAUGUGAGUUGCCAUUCAGUGUCGCAUCAUCUUCGGUGAAGAAACCCCGUUCGUUACACCCAUGUUAUUGAAAUUGCCUACGCCUAAUAACAUUAUUGCCAGGUCUCUUGCCGUAACUCUAAUUAAUGUACAUUUUAAAGCUACAUUAGGGUUCCAUUUUAUUUUAUACAACGAUAUCAUGGUGUUUUGAUGCACUCUUGCGUAAUAGCCACCUAUUUGUCUAUUCGGGAAUGGUUUAAAUGAUUGUGGAAUGUGCACAUAAAUAGCACCCCAUCUCCCAAGAUCAUGGCCACAAUCUGUUACAUCCUAAUUUUCUUCCAUUCAAAAAGGUACUUUAAAGGUCCACGAGCCUGAUACAACCUACUAGCCCAUCCUAUCUAUGUCUCAGUAGCACGGGUUCCAUCAAUGAUUCGUAUAUACACUAAAUGACUGAUAGGGGGCGCUGUGUUGAGGCCACCACGCCUCCAUUUUGGCACUCUUUGGAAGCUAUAUAAAUGCAUGUAUUAUUGUCUUCAAUCGUUUUUUCCACAUGUAUUCUAUUACACACACCUUAAUGCAUACUUUUAAAUUAUGUUAUGUGAGCUAAACAUAAGUAUAAAAAAAUAUAUAAAGACAUUUUCCUUAAAGUAUAUAUAUUUGAGAUGACUAAUGUUAUAUGUAAUUUUGUCCUUGAAACAUUUAAUUGAAAUACUGUAGAAUUCCAUUAAUUCCUAUGGAGGAGUGUUCGUACUGGGGAGUGUCAAUAUGGCCAACUAACUGGUGGCUUCAAAGCCUCUCAAUGGUAGUCCUUUGUAUCUCAGUUGGUAGAGAAUGGCACUGUAACGCCAGAGUAGUGGGUUUAAUUCCCAGGACCAAACAUACGUAAAAUCUAUGCACGCAUGACUGCAAGUUGCUUUUGAUAAAAGUGUCUGCUAAAUGGCAUAUAUUAUUAUUAUUAUUAUUAUUAUUAUUAUUAUUAUUAUUAUAUUAAUGUCCAAUACAUAGCAUCAGCAAUCCAGGGUUUAUAUCCAUAAUUGGUUUCCAUCUGAUUGGCGAUACAUUUUCAUACAAAUAUUAUUGAAUAUGCAUAAAGAAAAUAUGCAAAUUUUCCCACCAGUGGUGUGUUUCCAACAAACGGACUUGUGUGAUGACAGGUUAGCGGAUACAGUGCUGGGAGGCUGUGCGGGUAGGCUAGUCUAUGAUGAGAUUAUUAUGGAUAAGAGUAAGAAUAUUUUUAUUUGUCAAAUGGCAGUCAAGCAUAGAUCGCCAUGGCACCAGAAUAAGACACUCUAUAUUUAUUGGAAAGGAGCAUCAAGAUCAGUGGCGAUAUGAACAAAAAAAUUGAUAAAAUGUUUUUAGAUGCAUGCCAGCAAAGCCACUACACAACACAACACUAAACAAUACAUUAAUUGCACUAUAACAGUGACAAACGGUGCCCUCAAACUGUUAGGGCCCAACAGCAGUCCCAACAGCAGUCCCAACAGCAGAGUCCCAACAGCAGUCCCAACAGCAGUCCCAACAGCAGUCCGAACAGCAGUCCCAACAGCAGUCCCAACAGCAGUCCCAACAGCAGUCCCAACAGCAGUCCCAACAGCAGUCCGAACAGCAGUCCCAACAGCAGUCCCAACAGCAGUCCCAACACCUUACCACUGCUACACCUGUCUAUCAGCGGAGCCUUGUCUGGCAGCAACACAGUUAAUUCAGCCUCAACAUAGCUGAUAUGGUUGACUUGCUUAAAUAAAUGUGGUUUCUACUGACAAUUGAGAUGUACAAACUAUGGCAUAAGGCGAUGACGAGCGCAUAAGAGGCAAUCCGUAAUUUCGAUUAAGACAUUAAUGAGCGAGCUAGGACGGACGUUGUCAAUAUAACUAUUUGUUCAGCACUUUUGAAAUGUACAGCGACAGAAUUCAGAACAUGGUAUUCAGAACAUGGUACAGUAUUCUCCCUGUACACCAAGUCAGAACCGUAGGAUAAAUAAAGGGGGCAUAUAAGCAGACAAUGAAAGCUCUUACAAUAUUCGAUGAUGACAUUUCUCUAAAACAGGUUUAUAGGCUACAUGUGCACCACCAAGUCAGAACAGUAGGCUAAGUUAUGAUGGGGAAAGGGACCAAAGCAUACAAGAUAUGUUUGGACUCACCUUGUUGUGCUGUGCUCACUUGAACAGGAAGGUGGCGCGGUGGUCCUUCGCGGGCAAAUUUUUGUCAUCAGGUUGAAUCAUGAUGACGUCCGUGAUCUUCAGGUCGGAGUUCUAGAAAGAGGCCAGAGUUACCAACUUGCAAUUCCGAGUUGGAUGACCAUUCAAAACUUAUUUUCCCAGUCAAAACUCGUUUUUUUCAGAGUUCCCAGUUGUCUUGAACUCACUAAAGUCUGAGAUUUCCCAGUUCCGAGUUUCCAGUUGUUUUGAGCGCGGCAGAAGUCAUGCUGGAUUGACAGCAUGGCCAAUGUUGAAUGUUUAUCCCUUUAAGCUUGGAAAAGAGACCCUUAAACCCAGACUUGGACCACACACCCACUCCACUGAAUAGCAGGCUAGUGAUUGCUUUGCAAUGCUUGCAGUUAGCCACUGAUUCCUUCCAAACCACUCAUUGUUGAAUUUGCGAUUUCCAAUGGCCGAUGAGCAUCGAUACGUUUUAUUUAUAAUUUCUCUUCAUAAUUUCUCUUCAUAUGACAAGGAUUGAAAAGGAUUUGCCAGUAGAUUGUCGAAUUGAUUCAUGAUGAUGACUGCUAGUUUGCUAGCUAAGAUUUUGAAAGUAUGAUGUUGACAUGAUCAGUCCAAUCAAAGCUACGGUUGAUAUAACGUGAUUUGACGUCGUUUUAUCUGUGGCCAAUGACCUUGAGCAUUCUUGGAUGGACACUUCUAAUGUAACUAUGGCAGCACCAAAGGGGCUUGAAUUUUCUAGCUCUUUGCUGUGACGCAGGUAGCUUCGUGGUUAAGAGCGUUGUGCUAGUAACCGAAAGGUCGCUGGUUCUAAUCCCCGAGCCGACUAGGUGAAAAAUCUGUGGAUGUGCCCUUGAGCAAGGCACUUAAUUGCUCCUGUAAGUUGCUCUGGAUAAGAGCGUCUGCUAAAUGACUCAAAUGUAAUGAGUGACAGAAUGCUGAGCCAAUCAUGGCACAACUAGAGAACAUCACCAACCCCUACGCUCCGUAUUUUCCGCUGGCUGCCCCACCACCACCACAGAAAGCACUGAGCUAGGCUGAAACACAUGCAUUUUGGAGAUGCCUUACUCAAGAAAGCAAAAAAGAGACCAAAUUUGUAUGCAGCUUUAUCAACUCAAUUACUUUUUUUAAACAUUGUUUGCAAACUGAUAUGUGACACAUAUUAAUACCAAAAUAACAUGCAAAACAGGCUUUCUUUUUUUCUUUGCUUCCCCACCUGCCCUGAAUGACGGGUCGCCACUGAUCAAGAUGACCGUGCACUUUCACCACCCUGUGAAGUUCACCAUAAAUUAUUUCAUCUAUAUCCUAAUAAACUGCAUGGUUUCCCGAGUCGUACUGGGAGAACCACACACCAUAUCAUCGUGUGACUCCAAGUUGACUUCCAUAUGAUGGUUAUUAUAUCAAUAUUUGCGCAUAAAGGCGUUUCCACCGCCAUUUCUCGCAUUAUUAAUUUUACUGACACAAAAACAUCCCACCAUGUCGAACAAACAAAUGAUAUUUUACGGUAUGACUUUACGUGCUUAAAAACUGUGGAUGGAAACGUGGUUUAUGAUUCCAUCCCAUGGGAACCAUUUGUUGUCUUGCUAAUAAAUUACAUCUUAAAUAGUUUUUCAAAUUCGUGUUUUAUUAGACACAAUUUGUCCUGUAUUCAAGUCAAAGCAUAGACUAAGCUUAGAAGGAAUUUCAGGUGAUCUGAUGGCCCAUGUUCUGGAAUGUUCCCAUUUAUAUACAGUAGCUUCGCUCAUCAGCCAAAAGAUAAAAUGAAAGGUACACUUGCACUUUGUCUCUCCAAACAGGGUGAUGCAAUCUGUCCUACAGAGGGGUCCCACUGAUUGACAUUUACAAGCAGAGGCAGAGAGCAGUAAGUAUAAUUAUUUAAUGACUAUACCAUUUCUCAGAUCACUUUCAAUAUUUUACAUUUGGAUCCUUUCCUUGAAAAUGUGGUCUCAGUUUGGCUCAUUUUGGGAGACGAGAGGUUUCACUGGAAAGCCUGGUUUAGGCUACUCUGGACAUAGCUGAGUAAAUUCAACUCCAUAUACAUCUCAAUGGAUUUGAAUUGUGAUGAGUGUUGGCGAAGUGUACCUCUGUCUACUUCAAGUCCGUAUCAUUCAAUAAUUAAAUGUCCAUUCUUUAAUGCGUACCUUGUACCUACGUUUGUCCUGUGUAACUGCGUUCUUUUCUUUGGGUGCCGUAAUCUGUAGUUUUUGAUAAAAAUAGCUUUUUACGCGACUCCGCCAAGGGAGUGGUUGUUUGUUAACGGAUAAUGAGCAGCCCAUCAUUGCACGACAGGUUUUUGAGUUUUGGCAGGGGAUGCAUAGAAUACAAUAAAAAAAAAAACCUCUAUAACAAUCAGGACAAGCACAUAUACACAGUAAGCCUGUAAAAAAAAUAUAUAUGUAUAUAUAUAUAUAUAUAUAUAUAUAUAUAUGUGUAUAUAUACAGUGGGGAGAAGAAGUAUUUGAUACACUGCCGAUUUUGCAGGUUUUCCUACUUACAAAGCAUGUAGAGGUCUGUAAUUUUUAUCAUAGGUACACUUCAACUGUGAGAGAUGGAAUCUAAAACAAAAAUCCAGAAAAUCACAUUGUAUGAUUUUUAAGUAAUUAAUUUGCAUUUUAUUGCAUGACAUAAGUAUUUGAUACAUCAGAAAAGCAGAACUUAAUAUUUGGUACAGAAACCUUUGUUUGCAAUUACAGAGAUCAUACUAUUCCUGUAGGUCUUGACCAGGUUUGCACACACUGCAGCAGGGAUUUUGGCCCACUCCUCCAUACAGACCUUCUCCAGAUCCUUCAGGUUUCGUGGCUGUCGCUGGGCAAUACAGACUUUCAGCUCCCUCCAAAGAUGUUCUAUUGGGUUCAGGUCUGGAGACUGGCUAGGCCACUCCAGGACCUUGAGAUGCUUCUUACGGAGCCACUCCUUAGUUGCCCUGGCUGUGUGUUUCGGGUCGUUGUCAUGCUGGAAGACCCAGCCACGACCCAUCUUUAAUGCUCUUACUGAGGGAAGGAGGUUGUUGGCCAAGAUCUCGCGAUAUAUGGCCACAUCCAUCCUCCCCUCAAUACGGUGCAGUCGUCCUGUCCCCUUUGCAGAAAAGCAUCCCCAAAGAAUGAUGUUUCCACCUCCAUGCUUCACGGUUGGGAUGGUGUUCUUGGGGUUGUACUCAUUCUUCUUCUUCCUCCAAACAUGGCGAGUGGAGUUUAGACCAAAAAGCUCUAUUUUUGUCUCAUCAGACCACAUGACCUUCUCCCAUUCCUCCUCUGGAUCAUCCAGAUGGUCAUUGGCAAACUUCAGACGGGCCUGGACAUGCGCUGGCUUGAGCAGUGGGACCUUGCGUGCGCUGCAGGAUUUUAAUCCAUGACGGCGUAGUGUGUUACUAAUGGUUUUCUUUGAGACUGUGGUCCCAGCUCUCUUCAGGUCAUUGACCAGGUCCUGCCGUGUAGUUCUGGGCUGAUCCCUCACCUUCCUCAUGAUCAUUGAUGCCCCACGAGGUGAGAUCUUGCAUGGAGCCCCAGACCGAGGGUGAUUGACCGUCAUCUUGAACUUCUUCCAUUUUCUAAUAAUUGCGCCAACAGUUGUUGCCUUCUCACCAAGCUGCUUGCCUAUUGUCCUGUAGCCCAUCCCAGCCUUGUGCAGGUCUACAAUUUUAUCCCUGAUGUCCUUACACAGCUCUCUGGUCUUGGCCAUUGUGGAGAGGUUGGAGUCUGUUUGAUUGAGUGUGUGGACAGGUGUCUUUUAUACAGGUAACGAGUUCAAACAGGUGCAGUUAAUACAGGUAAUGAAUGGAGAAUAGGAGGACUUCUUAAAGAAAAACUAACAGGUCUGUGAGAGCCGGAAUUCUUACUGGUUGGUAGGUGAUCAAAUACUUAUGUCAUGCAAUAAAAUGCAAAUUAAUUACUUAAAAAUCAUACAAUGUGAUUUUCUGGAUUUUUGUUUUAGAUUCCAUCUCUCACAGUUGAAGUGUACCUAUGAUAAAAAUUACAGACCUCUACAUGCUUUGUAAGUAGGAAAACCUGCAAAAUCGGCAGUGUAUUAAAUACUUGUUCUCCCCACUGUAUGUGUAUAUAUAUAUAUAUAUAUAUACAUACAGUGGGGAAAAAAAGUAUUUAGUCAGCCACCAAUUGUGCAAGUUCUCCCACUUAAAAAGAUGAGAGAGGCCUGUAAUUUUCAUCAUAGGUACACGUCAACUAUGACAGACAAAAUGAGAAAAUAAAAUCCAGAAAUCACAUUGUAGGAUUUUUAAUGAAUUUAUUUGCAAAUUAUGGUGGAAAAUAAGUAUUUGGUCAAUAACAAAAGUUUCUCAAUACUUUGUUAUAUACCCUUUGUUGGCAAUGACACAGGUCAAACGUUUUCUGUAAGUCUUCACAAGGUUUUCACACACUGUUGCUGGUAUUUUGGCCCAUUCCUCCAUGCAGAUCUCCUCUAGAGCAGUGAUGUUUUGUCGCUGGGCAACACGGACUUUCAACUCCCUCCAAAGAUUUUCUAUGGGGUUGAGAUCUGGAGACUGGCUAGGCCACUCCGGGACCUUGAAAUGCUUCUUACGAAGCCACUCCUUCGUUGCCCGGGCGGUGUGUUUGGGAUCAUUGUCAUGCUGAAAGACCCAGCCACGUUUCAUCUUCAAUGCCCUUGCUGAUGGAAGGAGGUUUUCACUCAAAAUCUCACGAUACAUGGCCCCAUUCGUUCUUUCCUUUACACGGAUCAGUCGUCCUGGUCCCUUUGCAGAAAACAGCCCUAAAGCAUGAUGUUUCCACCCCCAUGCCUCACAGUAGGUAUGGUGUUCUUUGGAUGCAACUCAGCAUUCUUUGUCCUCCAAACACGACGAGUUGAGUUUUUACCAAAAAGUUCUAUUUUGGUUUCAUCUGACCAUAUGACAUUCUCUCAAUCCACUUCUGGAUCAUCCAAAUGCACUCUAGCAAACUUCAGACGGGCCUGGACAUGUACUGGCUUAAGCAGGGGGACACGUCUUGCACUGCAGGAUUUGAGUCCCUGGCGGCGUAGUGUGUUACUGAUGGUAGGCUUUGUUACUUUGGUCCCAGCUCUCUGCAGGUCAUUCACUAGGUCCCCCCGUGUGGUUCUGGGAUUUUUGCUCACCGUUCUUGUGAUCAUUUUGACCCCACGGGGUGAGAUCUUGCGUGGAGCCCCAGAUCGAGGGAGAUUAUCAGUGGUCUUGUAUGUCUUCCAUUUCCUAAUAAUUGCUCCCACAGUUGAUUUCUUCAAACCAAGUUGCUUACCUAUUGCAGAUUCAGUCUUCCCAGCCUGGUGCAGGUCUACAAUUUUGUUUCUGGUGUCCUUUGACAGCUCUUUGGUCUUGGCCAUAGUGGAGUUUGGAGUGUGACUGUUUGAGGUUGUGGACAGGUGUCUUUUAUACUGAUAACAAGUUCAAACAGGUGCCAUUAAUACAGGUAACGAGUGGAGGACAGAGGAGCCUCUUAAAGAAGAAGUUACAGGUCUGUGAGAGCCAGAAAUCAUGCUUGUUUGGAGGUGACCAAAUACUUAUUUUCCACCAUAAUUUGCAAAUAAAUUCAUUAAAAAUCCUACAAUGUGAUUUUCUGGAUUUUUUUUCUCCCAUUUUGUCUGUCAUAGUGGACGUGUACCUAUGAUGAAAAAUACAGGCCUCUCUCAUCUUUUUAAGUGGGAGAACUUGCACAAUUGGUGGCUGACUAAAUAGUUUUUCCCCCCACUGUAUAUAUAUAUAUAUAUAUAUAUAUAUAUAUAUAUAUAUAUAUAUAUAUAUAUAUAUAUAUAUAUAUAUAUACACACAGUACCAGUCAAACGUUUGGACAUACCUACUCAUUCCAGGGGUUUAUUUAUUUUUACUAUUUUCUACACUGUAGAAUAAUAGUGAAGACAUCAAAACUAUGAAAUAACACAUAUGGAAUCACGUAGUAACCAAAAAAGUGUUAAACAAAUCAAAAUAUAUUUAUAUUUCAGAUUCUUCAAAGUAGCCACCCUUUGCCUUGAUGACAGCUUUGCAGACAUUCUCUCAACCAGCUUCAUUAGGUAGUCACCUGGAAUGCAUUUCAAUUAACAGGUGUGCCUUGUUAAAAGUUAAUUUGUGGAAUUGAUUUCCUUCUUAAUGUGUUUGAGCAUAUCAGUGUUUGAGCAUAUCAGUUUGAUCAUAUCAGCCAUAUUAUGGCAAGAACAGCUCAAAUAAGCAAAGAGAAAUGACAGUCGAUCAUUAUUUUAAGACAUGAAGGUCAGUCAAUCCAGAACAUUUCAAGAACUUUGAACGUUUCUUCAAGUGCAGUGGCAAAAACCAUCAAGCGCUAUGAUGAAACUGGCUCUCAUGAGGACUGCCACAGGAAAGGAAGACCCAGAGUUACCUGCAGAGGAUACGUUCAUUAGAGUUAACUGCACCUCAGAUUGCAGCCCAAUAAAUGCUUCACAGAGUUCAAGGAACAGAGACAUCUCAACAUCAACUGUUCAGAGGAGACUGCGUGAACCAGGCCUUCAUGGUUGAAUUGCUGCAAAGAAACCACUACUAAAGGACGCCAAUAAUAAGAAGAUACUUUCUUGGGCCAAGAAACACGACCAAUGGACAUUAGACUGGUGGAAAUGUCCUUUGGUCUGAUGAGUCCAAAUUUGAGAUUUUUGGUUCCAACCGCAGUGUCUUUGUGAGACGCAGAGUAGGUGAACGGAUGAUCUCUGCAUGUGUGGUUCCCACCGUGAAGCAAGGAGGAGGAGGUGUGAUGGUGCUUUGCUGGUGACACUUUCAGUGAUUUAUUUAGAAUUCAAGGCACACUUAACCAGCAUGGCUACCACAGCAUUCUGCAGCGAUACACCUUCCCAUCUGGUUUGCGCUUAGUGGGACUAUCAUUUGUUUUUCAACAGGAUAAUGACCCAACACACCUCCAGGCUGUGUAAGGGCUAUUUGACCAAGAAGGAGAGUGAUGGAGUGCCGCAUCAGAUGACCUGGCCUCCACAAUCACCCGACCUCAACCCUACUGAGAUGGUUUGGGAUGAGUUGGACCGCAGAGUGAAGGAAAAGCAGCCAACAAUUGCUCAGCAUAUGUGGGAACUCCUUCAAGACUGUUUGAAAAGCAUUCCAGGUGAAGCUGGUUGAGAGAUUGCCAAGAGUGUGCAAAGCUGUCAUCAAGGCAAUUGGUGACUAUUUUGAAGAAUUUAAAAUAUAUUUUGAUUUGUUUAACACUUUUUGGGUUUCUACAUGAUUCCAUAUGUGUUAUUUCAAUGUUUUGAUGUCUUCACUAUUAUUCUACAAUGUAGAAAAUAGUAAAAAUAAAGAAAAACCCUUGAAUGAGUUGGUGUGUCCAAACUUUUGACUGGUACUAUAUAAACUCAGCAAAAAAAGAAACGUCCUCUCACUGUCAAUUGCAUUUAUUUUCAGCAAACUUAACAUCCUCCUCAUGGACUGCACCAGAUUUGCCAGUUCUUGCUGUGAGAUGUUACCCCACUCUUCCACCAAGGCACCUGCAAGUUCCCUGACAUUUCUGGGGGGAAUGGACCUAGCUCUCACCCUCCUAUCCAACGGUCCCAGACGUGCUCAAUGGGAUUGUGAUCCGGGCUCUUCGCUGGCCAUGGCAGAACACUGACAUUCCUGUCUCGCAGGAAAUCACGCACAGAACAAACAGUAUGGCUGGUGGCAUUGUCAUGCUGGAGGGUCAUGUCAGGAUGAGCCUGCAGGAAGGGUACCACAUGAGGGAGGAGGAUGUCUUCUCCGUAAUGCAAUGACAACAAGCUCAGUCCGAUGAUGCUGUGACACACCGCCCCAGACCAUGACGGACCAUCCACCUCCAAAUCGAUCCCGCUCUAGAGUACAGGCCUCGGUAUAACGCUCAUUCCUUCGACGAUAAAACCGCGACUCGUCAGUGAAGAGCACUUUUUGCCAGUCCUGUCUGGUCCAGCGACGGUGGGUUUGUGCCCAGAGGCGAUGUUGUUGCCGGUGAUGUCUGGUGAGGACCUGCCUUACAACAGGCCUACAAGCCCUCAGUCCAGCCUCUCUCAGCCUAUUGCGGACAGUCUGAGCACUGAUGGAGGGAUUGUGCGUUCCUGGUGUAACUCGGGCAGUUGUUGUUGCCAUCCUGUACCUGUCCCGCAGGUGUGUUGUUGCACGUGGUCUGCCACUGCGAGGACGAUCAGCUGUCCAUCUUGUCUCCCUGUAGCGCUGUCUUAGGCGUCUCACAGUACGGACAUUGCAAUUUAUUGCCCUGGCCACAUCUGCAGUCCUCAUGCCUCCUUGAAGCAUGCCUAAGGCACGUUCAUGCAGAUGAGCAAAGACCCUGGGCAUCUUUCUUUAGGUGUUUUUCAGAGUCAGUAGAAAGGCCUCUUUAGUGUCCUAAGUUUUCAUAACUGUGACCUUAAUUGCCUACCGUCUGUAAGCUGUUAGUGUCCUAACGACCUUUCCACAGGUGCAUGUUCAUUAAUUGUUUAUGGUUCAUUGAACAAGCAUGGGAAACAGUGUUUAAACCCUUUACAAUGAAGAUCUGUGAAGUUAUUUGGAUAUUUACGAAUUAUCUUGGAAAGACAGGGUCCUGAAAAAGGGACGUUUCUUUAUAUAUAUAUAUAUAUAUACUGCGUGUACAAAACAUUAGGAACACCUGCUCUUUCCAUGACAUAGAUGGACCAGGUGAAUCAAUGUGAAAGCUAUGAUCCCCUAUUGAUGUCACCUGUUAAAUCCACUUCAAUCAGUGUAGAUGAAGGGGAGGAGACUGGUAAAAUCAGGAUUUUUAAGCCUUGAGACAUGGAUUGUGCAUGCAUGCCAUUCAGAGGGACAAAAUAGUUAUGUGCCUUUUGAACGAGGUAUGGUAGUAGGUGCCGGGCAUACCAGUUUGAGUGUGUCAAGAACUGCAAUGCUGCUGGGUUGUUCACGCUCAACAGUUUCCCGUGUGUAUCAAGAAUGGUACACCACCCAAAGGACAUCCAGCCAACUUGACACAACUGUGGGAAGCAUUAGUCAAAUAUUAUUAUUAUAAUAUUUUUUUUUAUUUUUUAAGUUGGAUGGAGUUUUGGCCUGCCUGGUGACAUCACCAGGUGCUAAAUUAGUUAAUAGACCAAUUAGAAAGAGUUCCAAACCUCUCUGCCAAUAACAGCUAGUUUUCAGUUUUCCCCUCCCCACUCAGACUACUCCCAGACAGUCCUAGCUAAAUUCUUCCUUGAGAAAUUGCUCUUUGCUGAGAAGCUAUUUUUAUUUAUUUUUUAACAUUUUAAUUUAAAGGAGUCACAGUAAGGUACUUAAUUGUUACCCAGAAUUGACUUGAUAUGAAUAUAAAAAAGGCUGCAUCGGACCUUGUCGGGAAGAGUGGGGUGUGCCCGACUUCACAAGUGGGAGAGUAGGCACGCUCUGGCUGUGUCUUCCACACUGUUCCACUUGAGCGAGGUCCAGCCUGCACUCUUGUGCCAGUCAGUUGAUUUAGGGAAUGCCUUUCAGGUGUGGCUGAUUAGUAAUCCUGCACAGGUGUGUUGGGUGAACAGAGCUGUGGCGCUGUCUUCGGCUGGCCUGGUGCUGAAGGUAGUGCAGCCUUCCACAUUGCUGAACUGAGUGCCAAUGUCCACUGUGCUGCAGCCAGUGCCUCUGUCCAUGGUGCUGCACUGGGAGUCCUUCAGCCUUGCCUAUGCCCAUGCCACUCACGGAGACACAGACCUUUAAACAAAAACUACGGAUUGCAGCACCCAAAGAAAAUAAUGCAGUUACACAGGACAGGCUUAGGUACAAGGGACGCAUUAAAAAAGUAUCAACUGAUACCGACUCAUGUAGUCGGAGGUACACCCCGCCGACACUCAUCUUAACUCAACUCCAUUGAGAUGUAUGGAGUUGAGUUUACUCAGCUACUCUGGACACUGACAGUUUUUAGAUUAGUGACCCUAUUUUGUGGAAUCCGUUUUUUGCCUCCACCAGCAAUAACUGCACCAGCAGCACUAGCUUUGGGACUGCAACUAAGAUCUUGUAUACAGACGGGAAACAUGUAAAAAACAUAAAUUACUGUACACUUUUUUGGGCUGCAAUGAAUUUUGGACGACAGGCACCUGAUCGAUGUGCAACUAGGAUCCCAUACUGUGUACAAUAUCCUAGUUGCGGUUCCGAAGCUACAGCAGUACUGUGUGCAUUUCCUAUCAAAUGUAUUAUUUGUAAUAUAUAGAUACUUUACUGUCCUAAUAAAAUAUUGUAAUUUUAAUAGCCUAUUACAUAUUGUACAUAAUUAUAUAAAUAUUAAAAUGACAGUGGACCCCAAAAUCUAACUUUGUCAAAUAUUUCUCAGCUCGACUUUAGCAUUUCUUUUGGUAUGAAAAUGUCGGACAACCUUUGAUUUUGGAGUGUACUAUACAUUUAACGCUAGACUAAUUAAAUGUUUAUGUGUUAGUGUUGAACUUACCUUGCUGAGGACACUUUGCUUACAACAUCUAUCUUUUGUUUCCAUUGCGAGCUGAGAAAAGCAGAGGAAGAACCAUGACGUCCAGACUCCUCCCCCUCCUGGCGUGCAUCCCACUCCUCGCCAUGCCCCUCCUGGCACAGGAGCCCAGCGCUAUGGAAAUCCAGGACCUGAGCACCAGAAAUGCUGACUUCGCCGCCCGGCUGUACCGUGCCAUUGCUAGCAUCACUGAUGACAACGUCCUUCUCUCCCCAUUUACCGUAUCUCUGGGCUUAGCUGCAUUGAUGAGUGGCGCCGACGGCUCUACACGCGAGCAACUCCUUCAGGGCCUGAGUCUGAACGCUCUCGACCACCUAAGGAUCCCAGGUAUUUAGCCUUAGAGAAUAGAGAGGCAAGACCAGUAAGUGGGAGGGUGGUGGGUUAAAAUCCCAGGCUUGACCAGAGGAGGAAACGAACCGGUAACCGAAGAGUUCCUGGUAUCAGAUUAUUCUGCCGUUGUGCCCUUGAGCAAGGCACUUCACCUCAAAAAAGUUACAUUACUCUGCGGCUGACCCUGUAUUGUUUCCAUAAUUUUUCUGUUUGUUUGUGUUUGUCUGGGAAAAAAAUAAAAAAAUACAAAUGUACAUUUAAAUUGUAUUCUAUGCCAGAACUGUUCCAGAGUGUCCGGGAUAGCGUGGCCCAGAGCGGGUUUGGGAACCAGGGUAUCGGCAUCCUUCCCCGCCAGCAGUUCAAAGUGGACUCGAGCUACCGAGACAUUGUGCAGACCAAGUAUGGGGGAAAUGUCCAGGGGCUGGACUUCAGCGACGGGGCUGCCAAGGACACCAUCAACCAGUUAGCCUACACCUACACCAAGGAGCAGGUGAAGGAGGUGGUCAGCGCCAUCAACCCGCAGACCCAGAUGAUGCUAAUCACUGCCGUCUUCUUUCAAGGUGAGGAGUAGGCACAGGGGCUCAGUAGAGCAUGGCGCUUGCAACUCCAGGAUAAUGGGUUCGAUUACCUGGACCACCCAUACGUAAAAAAGUCGCUUUGGAUAAAAGCUUCUGCUAAAUGGCAAAUAUUAUUAUUAUUAUUAUUAUUAUUAUAUUAUACAGUAUUUUACACCUGUAUUUUAUGACCUUUUGUAAACAUAACUAUGUCCCGAGGCUAAAGCGCAAAGGGCAGAAGUGUCUGGGAAUUAGAUUAUUGGACGCACAGUCUGUUUUUAAACACAUCUUUCCAGGUGCCGUUCACUGCAUGCUCUGUUAGCACUGCUUUGUGGGUGAUGCUGUGCUGCUCCCAGCUUUGUUUGUGUGUAAGUGAGGUUGGGUAUUGUGACAGCAACAUGUAUCUUUUCUAUUUGAUUCCCUUUUCUGUUUCUCUCACCAGGCCAGUUUGCCCUCAACUUCAAUGCCAGCUUCACCCAGGAUGAGCGCUUCUACGUGAACAAGUACAAAAUUGCCAUGGUCCCCAUGAUGUUCCGCUCCGAUAAGUACCACCUGGCGUACGACCGCUCGCUCAAGCUGGGUGUCCUGAAGUUGCCCAUGACUGGCGGCUCCGCCAUGCUGGUGCUUCUGCCCGACGAGGACGUAGACUACACCUCCAUCGACGAGGAGAUCACGGGAGAACGUUUCCAAGGCUGGCUCAAACAGCUCAAGAGGACGUAGGUUGGAUGGCACUACAACAAUGGAAUGGGUUGCUUAUAUGUAGCAUAUGGGUCGUUCAACCUAAAAAUGCAUCAGAUUGUGCUGAAAUCGUUUCUGUAGUUAAAAACAAAUAAGAUUAGCAUUCCUGAAACAUUAUUUUGUUUAAAUAUAAUUUGAGCUCUGAGAAAUUAAGCUAAUUGAUUGCACCCAAAUUGGCCAUUUUAAAUGUAUAGGAUAUAUUCAUAUCAUUUUCAAUAAAUAUAGUACCUAACUUCCGAUUUGGAACAUAAUUCUUCCUAACUCUGGUUCGGUUCUAUUUUCGGCAUUGUCAUGCCCAAUGCAUUCACCAAGUAGUCAAGACUAUCGAUAAAAUGUUUAGCUUGUGAGACCACUUUAAAAUUGAUCUUAAUCACCAAAGCUUUAAUAAAAUAUGUAGUUUGGCAGCAGCAAAGUGACAUCCCCUUUUUAUCUAUGUAGGCUAUUACAUUACUUUAGCCAGCUCCUGUUAUUAUUUUGGAUGUGCGUAAAAACCCCUCCAUGUAGGCUAUACAGUGCAUUCGGAAAGUAUUCAGACCCCUUGACGUUUUCCACAUUUUGUUACGUUACAGCCUAAUUCUAAAAUGGAUUACAUCUUUUUUUCCUCAUCAAUCUACACAUAAUACCCCAUAAUGAUGAAGCAAAAACAGGUUUUUAGAAAUUUUUGCAAAUAUAUUGAAAAUAAAAAAACUGAAAUAUCACAUUUACAUACAUUACCAGUCAAAAGUUUGGACACACCUACUCAUUCAAGGGUUUUUCUUUAUUUUUACUAUUUUGUAGAAUAAUAGUGAAGAUGUCAAAACUAUGAAAUAACACACAUAGAAUCAUGUAGUAACCAAAAAAGUGUUAAACAAAUCAAAAUAUAUUUUAUAUUUGAGAUUCUUCAAAUAGCCACCCUUUGCCUUGAUGACAGCUUUGCACACUCUUGGCAUUCUCUCAACCAGCUUCACCUGGAAUGCUUUUCCAACAGUCUUGAAGGAGUUCCCACAUAUGCUGAGCACUUCACUCUGCCGUCCCACUCAUCCCAAACCAUCUCAAUUGGGUUGAGGUCGGGGGAUUAUGGAGGCCAGGUCAUCUGAUGCAGCACUCCAUCACUCUUCUUCUUGGUAAAAUAGCCCUUACACAGCCUGGAGGUGUGUUGGGUCAUUGUCCUGUUGAAAAAAAAAUGACAGUCCCACUAAGCCCAAACCAGAUGGGAUGGCGUAUCGCUGCAGAAAGCUGUGGUAGCCAUGCUGGUUAAGUGUGCCUUAAAUUCUAAAUAAAUUACAGACAGUGUCACCAGUAAAUCACCCCCACACCAUAACACCUCCUCCUCCAUGCUUUACGGUGGGAACUACACAUGCAGAGAUCAUCCGUUCACCCACACCGCAUCCCACGGCUGUCGGAACCAAAAAUCUCAGAUUUGGACUCCAGACUAAAGGACAAAUUUCCACCGGUCUAAUGUCCAUUGCUUGUGUUUCUUGGCCAAAGCAGGUCUCUUCUUCUUAUUGGUGUCCUUUAGUAGUGGUUUCUUUGCAGCAAUUCGACCAUGAAGGCCUGGUUCACACAGUCCCCUCUGAACAGUUGAUGUUGAGAUGUGUCUGUGACUUGAACUCUGUGAAGCAUUUAUUUGGGCUGCAAUUUCUGAGGCUGAUAACUCUAAUGAACUUAUCCUCUGCAGCAGAAGUAACUCUGGGUCUUCCAUUCCUGUGGCGGUCCUCAUGAGAGCCAGUUUCAUCGUAGCGCUUGAUGGUUUUUGCGACUGCACUUGAAGAAACUUUCAAAGUUCUUGAAAUGUUCCGUAUUGACUGACUUUCAUGUCUUAAAGUAAUAAUGGACUGUAAUUUCUCUUUGCUUAUUUGAGCUGUUCUUGCCAUAAUAUUUACCAAAUAGGGCUACCCCCCCUACCUUGUCACAACACAACUGAUUGUCUCAAAUUCCACAAAUUAACUUUUAAGAAGGCACACCUGUUAAUUGAAAUGCAUUAUAGGUGACUACCUCAUGAAGCUGUUUGAGAGAAUGCCAAGAGUGUGCAAAGCUGUCAAAGGCAAAGGGUGGCUAUUUGAAGAACCUCAAAUUUAAAAUAUAUUUUGAUUUGUUUAACACUUUUUUUUUUUGUUACGUCAUGAUUCCAAAUGUUUUAUUUCAUAGUUGUGAUGUCUUCACUAUUAUUCUACAAUGUAAAAAAUAUUAAAAAUAAAGAAAAACUCUUGAAUGAGUAGGUGUGUCCAAACCUUUGACUGGCAGUGUAAGUAUUCAGACCCUUUACUCAGUACUUUGUUGAAACACCUUUGGCAGAGAUUACAUCCUCAAGUCUUCUUGGGUAUGACGCUACAAGCUUGGCACACCUGUAUUUGGGGAGUUUCUCCCAUUCUUCUCUGCAGAUCCUCUCAAGCUUUGUCAGGUUGGAUGGGGAGCGUCGCUGCACAGCUAUUUUCAGGUCUCUCCAGAGAUGUUAGAUCGGGUUCAAGUCUGGGCUCUGACUGGGCCACUCAAGGAUAUUCAGAGACUUGUCCCAAAGCCACUUCUGCAUUGUCUUGGCUGUGUGCUUAGGGUCGUUGUCCUGUUGGAAGAUGAACCUUCACCCCAGUCUGAAGUCUUGAGUGCUCUGGAGCAGAUUUUCUUCAAGGAUCUUUCUGUACUUUGCUCCUUUCAUCUUUCCCUUGAUCCUGACUAGUCUCCCAGUCCCUGCUGCUCAAAAACAUCCCCACAGCAUGAUGCUGCCACCGCCAUGCUUCACCGUAGGCAUGGUGCCAGGUUUCCUCAAGAAGUGACGCUUGGCAUUCAGGCCAAAGAGUUCAAUCUUGAUUUCAUCAGACCAAAGAAUGUUGUUUCUCAUGUUCUGAGAGUCCUUUAGGUGCCUUUUGGCAAACUCCAAGUGGGCUAUCAUGUACCUUUUACUGAGGAGUGGCUUCCGUCUGGCCACUCUACUAUAAAGGCCUGAUUGGUGGAGUGCUGCAGAGAUGGUUGUCCUUCUGGAAGUUUCUCUCAUCUCCACAAAGGAAGUCUGGAGCUCUGUCAGAGUGACCAUCGGGUUCUUGGUCACCUCCCUUACCAAGGCCCUUCUCCCCACGAUUGCUCAGUUUGGCCGGGCGGCCACCUCUAGGAAGAGUCUUGGUGGUUCCAAACUUCUUCCAUUUAAGAAUGAGGCCACUGUGUUCUUGGGGACCUUCAAUGCUGCAGAAAUGUUUUAGUACCCUUCCCCAGAUCUGUGCCUUAACACACUCCUGUCUCGGAGCUCUACAGACAAUUCCUUCGACCUCAUGGCUUGGUUUUUGCUCUGACAUGCACUGUCAACCGUGGGACCUUAUAUAGACAGGUGUGUGCCUUUCCAAAUCAUGUCCAAUCAAUUGAAUGUACCACAGGUGGACUCCAAUCAAGUUGUAGAAACAUCUCAAGGAUGAUCAAUGGAAACAGGAUGCACCUGAGCUCAAUUUCGAGUCUCACAACAAAGGGUCUGAAAUAUUAUGUAAAUAAGGUAUUUCUGUUUUUUACCUUUUAAUACAUUUGGAAACAUUUCUAAAAACCUGUUUAUGCUUUGUCAUUAUGGGGUAUUGUGUGUAGAUUGAUGAGAUUUUUAUUUUUAUUUAAUCCAUUUUAGAAUAAGGCUGUAACAUAACAAAAUGUGGAAAAAGUCAAGGGGUCUGAAUACUUUCCGAAUGCACUGUAUGCCCAUCAUGGAACGAGAGAUGAGAUAAUCCGGUAAAACUUGUAUUUAGAAACAUUUAAGUUAUUUUCCUGGAGAAAUUGCUUGUUUUCCAUUUCGUUUGAUAAAAAAACAAGCCCUUAGUAGGCCAUCCUUACCCUACUAUAAUGAAAUCUGGUUCAACACCAUAUCAAUGGUAGGCCUAGGCUAUAUCUUUCUUAUUGAGAACGUGCCUCACACAUACAAUACAAUUUACGGGAGCCUAUAAUGUUUUUUAUUUGAGAAGUGCAAUGUGUAAAGGACUAUACUCGUUGAAGCCAAAUGGGUUUUGUUACUGUAGCUUAUGCUAUUUAGUAAACUGUUGAUAUCAAUCAACAAUGGACUAGGAUGAGAAUAUUCCGUGAUCCAAGCCGAAUUGGAGUUGAUGACAAGAUUGUCAAUAACCUACAGAACUUAAGGCAAACGCAUGCAGUAUUAAGCUAUGGAACGCCUUGAUUGGCCAGUGAGUGGCCAAGCCCUCGUCACAACUAUAACUUGUUUAUUCAUCAAAACCCAGCCCUUUUGCGCCACCGCCAGCUAUUGAGCUCAUAACGGCUGCAAAAAUAGCAAAAGUCUCUGACAUACCCCCAGACCUAUAGCGCCACCACCAGUGCUUAGAUUUAUCAUUGCGUUAGCUUUGUUCAAAUAGAGCCCAUCAUAUAUUACAUUUAGUCAAAAGUUUAGUAUUUGGUUCCAUAUUCCUAGCGCGCAAUGACUACAUCAAGCUCUACUACUCUACAAUAAUUAAAUGUAUAUGCUUUUGCAGUUUGUUUUGGUAGUGUUUCAGAUUAUGUUGUGCCCAAUAGAAAUGAAUGGUAAAUAAUGUAUUGUGUCAUUUUGGAGUCCCUUUUAUUGUAAAUAAGAAUAGAAUAUGUUUAUGAACACUUCUACAUUAAUGUGGAUGCUACCAUGAUGACUGAAUCGUGAAUAAUGAUGAGUGAGAAAGUUAGAGGCAUAAAUAUCAUACCCCACCAAAAAUGUUAACCUCCCAUUAUUGGUAAUGGUGCGAGGUUAACAUGUUUUGGGGGCAUGAAAAUACCCUCAAAUAAAAGGUGUCAGUCACCUCAUAGAAAACAUUUGAUCUCAAAUCCAAAAUGCUGGAGAAUAGAGCCAAUGCUGAUAGAGCAAAUGCUGGAGUAUAUUAUAAUAAUUCACUCAUUUGAUUUUAGAUUUAAAAAAAUAAUAAUAAUUGAAACACUCAACCAUUGGCCUUAUGACCCAUUCUUAAUGAUUAUUAUGUCACUUCCUGUGCUCUGCAGAAGGCUGGAGGUGCAGCUGCCUAGAUUUAUGCUGGAGCAGUCAUACUCCCUGCAGAAGGUCCUGCCAGGCCUGGGGAUCAGCGAGGUCUUCCAGGACAGCGCUGACUUCUCUGGCAUCGGUGGGGAAACGGGCCUGAGGCUCUCUGAGGUCAGUGUGUGUGUGUGAGCUGGUGUUUCUCCAUUAGUGUUUGUGUGUGUGUGUAUCCGUCAUUGAGUGUGCAUAUCUGUGUGUUGUUCAUCAGUGUGUACGUAUUUCUCCCUCAUAUACGUGUCUGUCACUGUGUGUCUCCCCAUAAGUAUGUGUCCACCACUGUGUGUUUGUAUCUGUCACUCGACGGCCUCUUGCUCAAGUGUUAGACUGAGAUAAUGGAGGAGUGAUAAGGAAGGUGAGAUACCCACUUUUUAGAUGCAGCCAACUUCCGGCGGUGUCUUGAAUGUCCACCUGUGGUUACUUUAUACUGUUUGGGUUAAUUGUUUCUGUGAAAGGGAAGACCGGAAUAGGCCUCUUGCAUUUCGUGGUGUCCUUAAUGUAUAAGCAAAGGCUCUUGGUAACUUGUGGCCACUGAGAACUACUUUUUAUAAUCAGAAAAUGAAAAGCUGCAUAAUAUUCCCAAAGCAAUGUCUCAUCAGAGCCCCAAGUGAAUACAAAUAAGUGAGUUGCUACAAAAUCAUCAUAAAGUGAUAAAAUAAUAAUAUAUUAUGUGAUAAUAUAUAUCAGUGCUUUCCAAAAGUUAAAUUGGCAUAUCGAUUUCUUUGGUGACAUUAUUCUCGUAAUGUCAAGCAUUCAUUCACAGUAAAGACAAAGCCUUCCAGAGUAAGAGAAGUCAAGGUUAGUAUAUUUAAAAAGGUUAGUACAUUCAAAAAGGUUAGUACAUUCAAAUCCGGUAAGCGUGUGAACAUCCGAUAUGUCACGUGUUGAAUGAGGGAGAGCUCGGUUUGUUGUAUUUAACUUUUUGAAAGUCUCUAAAGAAAAUGUGCUUACUAGCUACCUUUUUGAAUUUGGAUCCUGUGACGCGGUUAGCCGUUGUUGCUGGGACCGCAAUACAGUGCCUUCAGAAAGUAUUCACUCCCCUAGACUUUUUCCACAUUUUGUUGUGUUACAAAGUGGGGUUAAAAUUGAUUUCAUUGUCUUUUUUGUCAGCAAUCUACACAAAGUACUCUAAAGUUAAAGUGAAAGGAAAAAUGUCAUUGUUUUUACAAACUAAUUUAAAAAAUACAUGUUAGAAACACCUUUGGCAGCAAUUAUUUUCUUUUGGGGUGAGUCUCUUAAGAGAUUUGCACACCUGGAUUGCGCAAUAUUUGCCCAUUAUUCUUUUUACAAUCCUUCAAGCUCUAUCAAGUUGGUUGUUGAUCAUCUCUAGACAGCCAUUUAAGUCUUGCCAUAGGUUUUCAAGCAGAUUUAGGUCAAAACUGUAAGUAGGCCACUCAGGAACAUUCAAUGUCAUCUUGGUAAGCAACUCUAGUGUAGAUUUGGCCUUGUGUUUUAGGGUUAUUGUCCUACUAAAAGGUGAAUUUGUCUCUCAGUGACUGUUGGAAAGCAGAUUGAACCAGGUUUUCGUCUAGGAUUUUGCCUGUGCUUAGCUACAUUCCGUUUUUUUUAUAUCCUGAAAAACUCCCCAGUCCUUGCCGACGACAAGCAUACCCAUAACAUGAUGCAGCCACCACCAUGUUUUAAAAUAUGGAGAGUGGUACCCAGUGAUGUGUUUUGCUGGAUUUGGCCCAAAUAUAACACUUUGUAUUUAGGACAAAAAGUUAAUUCCUUUGUCACAUUUUUUACAGUAUUAUGUUAGUGCCUUGUUGCCAACAGGAUGCAUCUUUUGGGAUAUUUUUUUAUUCUGUACAGGCUUCAUUUACACUCUUGUCAUUAAGGUUAGUGGUUUGAAGUAACUACAAUAUUGUUGAUCCAUCCUAAGUUUUCUGCUAUUCCAGCCAUUAAACUCUGUAACUAUUUUAAAAUCACAAUUGGCCUCAUGGUGAAAUCCCUGAGCGGUUGUCUUUUUCUCCGGCAACUCAGUUCGGAAGGAGGUCUGUAUCUUUGUAGUGACUGGUGAACAUCCACUUGUAUUGAUCAUAUCUUCACUAAUGCUGCAGAGAUUUGCUCCAAAGCAAUAUCAGUUUCCAUUGGCUGUAGUGACCAUAACAUUGUGGCAAUAACAAGGAAAGCCAAAGUGCCAAAUGUUGGUACUAAAGUAAUUUAUAAGAGAUCAUACAAAAUGUUUCCUCAGGAUUCUUUUGUUGAAGACAAUGUAUGUUGGUCUGAUGUGUGUGAGGAAGUGAAUCCAGAUGCAGCACUUCUAAUAUUUGUAAAAGUAUUAAUGCCAAUUGUUGACAAGCACGCACCUGUUAAGUAACUAACUGUGAGAACUGUUAGAGCCCCCUGGAUUGAUGAUGAAUUGCAAAAUUGUAUGGUUCAAAGAAAUGAUGCAAAAGAGGUGGCAAUCAAGUCGGCUGCUCAGCUGAUUGGUCGACAUACUGUCAAUUGAGAAAUGUUGUGACUAAACGUAACAAAAAGAAGAAUAAAUGAUAUUACCAAACAAAGAUAAAUGACAUAAAACACAAUGGAAAAAUACUUUGGAGUACCUUAAAUAAUAUCAUGGGUGGAAAACCCAAUUCAUCUGCAUAGUUCAUUGAAGUUGAUGGGUCAUUUAUAACAAAACCUUUCAAUAUUGCCAAUCAUUUCACUAGUAAAGUGGAAAAACUCAGAAGUGAAAUGACAACAUUGAACCAUCAUACAGUAUUACUGUUUUGAAUUUGGUCAUGUUAGUGUGGGAGAGGAUGGAAAAACUAUUGUUAUCAAUAAUGAUAAGCCUGACAACCUUGAUGGGAAACUACUGAGAAUGGUAGCAGACUGUAUUGCCACCCCUAUUUUCGAUAUAUUUAACCAAAGCAUAAAGGUGUGUGUGUGUGUGUGUGUGUGUUUAACUAUACUUGUGGGGACCAGAAGUCCCCACAAGAAUAGUAAACGAACAAACAUUUGAUCAACUGGGAACAUUUUGUUAGUCCCCACAAGGUCAAAUGCUAUUUCUAGGAGGUUUAGGGUUAAGGUUAGAAUUAGUGUUAGGUUUAGAAUUAGGUUUAGGGUUAGGAGCUAGGGUUAGGUUUAGGGUUAAGGUUAGGUUUUGGGGUUAAGGUUAGGGUAAGACUUAGGGAAAAUAGGAUUUUUAAUGGGACUGAAUUGUGUGUCCCCACAAGGUUAGUUAUACAAGACUGUGUGUGUGUGUGUCCCCACAGGCGUGGAAGGAAGCUAAAGUAAUUCCACUGCCUAAAAAAUAGUAAAGCAUCCUUUGCUGGCUCUAACAGCCCCCCAAUCAGUUUUCUGCCUGUUCUUAGUAAAAUGAUGGAGGAUUGUGUUUUACCAAAUACAAUGCUAUUUUUACAUCAACAAAUAACCUUAAAUUCAUUACAGUUUAAUCUCUUAUCAAAAUGAAAAGAAACCAAUAAAUACAUUUACUCAAUAAAAUAAAAAAUGUAUUUCUCAAAAACGUCUCUAUAUUGUCCAAUACAAUAAUCUGUACUCUUAAAUGUUUUUUUAUAUGGCGACCCCACUGCAGUUCCCCCAACCCCGACUUUGAAAACCAGUGCUCUAAGACCUAAGACCAACUGGAGUUGUACUUCAAGGGUGUGACCAUUGAGCAAGUUGAGGAAGCUAAACUUCUAGGUAUAACAUUGUAUGGUCAAUUAUCAUGGUCAAGACAUAUUGACAAAGUUGAUGUGAAGAUGGGGAGGGGUAUGUCUGUUAUAAAAAUAUGUUCUGCAUUUUUUACACAAACCAACUGUAGUAGUUGUUCAGGCUCUGGUCUUGUCCCAUCUUGAUUACUGUCCAGUAAAAUGGUCAAGUGCAGCAAAGAAAGACCUAGCAAAGCUGUAGCUGGCUCAAAACAGAGCAGCACACCUUGCCCUUAACUGCACAUACAGAACUAACAUCAACAGUAUGCAUGGCAGUCUUUCCUGGUUGAGGGUUGACAAGAGAUUAACUGCUUCUCUUCUAGGUAUGAGAAAUAUUACUGUGACAAAAAUUCCAGAUUGUCUGCAUAAUCAAAUAACAUUCAGCUCAGACACCCAUACACACCCUCACAGUCCCCAAGUCCAAAAUGAAUUCACGGCAAUGCAGUUUUAUACAGAGCCAUGAUUGCAUGGAAAAUCUCCAAUUACCCAAGCAAACAGCAAAUGUACCAUUAAAAAACGGAUUAAAAAACAACUCAUGGUAUGGCGGGGACUAUAAGGGGACACACACACAUUCUUUUUUGGUUGCAUUGUUUGUACAGUGCAUUCAGAAAGUAUUCAGACCCAUUUACUUUUUCCUUAUUUUGUUACGUUACAACCUUAUUCUAAAAUGGAUUAAAUUGUUUUUGUUCCCUCAUCAAUAUACACACAAUACCCAUAAUGACAAAGCAAAAACAGGUUUUUAGAAUGUAAAAAACAAAUAACAUUUACGUAAGUAUUCAGACCCUUUACUCAGUACUUUGUUGAAGCACCUUUGGCAGCGAUUACAGCCUUGAGUCUUCUUGGGUAUGAUGCUACAAGCUUGGCACACCUGUAUUUGGGGAGUUUCUCCCAUUCUUCUCUGCAGAUCCUCUCAAGCUCUGUCAGGUAGGAUGGUGAGCGUCGAUGCACAGCUAUUUUCAGUUCUCUCCAGAGAUGUUCGAUCGAGUUCAAGUAAGGGCUCUGGCUGGGCCACUCAAGGACAUUCAGAGACUUGUCCCAAAGCCACUCUUGCGUUGUCUUGGCUGUGUGCUUAGCUUAGAGUCGUUGUCCUGUUGGAAGGUGAACCUUCGCCCCAGUCUGAGGUCCUGAGCGCUCUGGAGCAGGUUUUCAUGAAGGAUCUCUCUGUACUUUGAUCCGUUCAUCUUUCCCUCGAUCCUGACUAGUCUCCCCGUCCCUCCCCACAGCAUGAUACUGCCACCACCAUGCUUUACCAUAGGAAUGGUACUAGGUUUCCUUCAGACGUGACGCUUGGCAUUCAGGCCAAAGAGUCCAAUCUGGGUUUCAUCAGACCAGAGAAUCUUGUUUCUCGUGGUCUGAGUCCUUUAGGCAAACUCCAUGCGGGAUGUCAUGUGCCUUUUACUGAGGGGCUUCCGUUAAGGCCACUCUACCAUAAAGGCUUGAUUGGUGGAGUGCUGCAGAGAUGGUUGUCCUUCUGGAAGGUUCUCCCAUCUCCACAGAGGGAUUCUGGAGCUCUGUCAGAGUGAUCAUCGGGUUCUUGGUCACCUCCCUGACCAAGGCACUUCCUCCCGAUUGCUCAGUUUGGCCGGGCGGCCAACUCUAGGAAGGGUCUUGGUGGUUCCAAACUUCUUCCAUUUAAGAAUGAUGGAGGCCACUGUGUUCUUGGGGACCUUCAAUGCUGCAGACAUUUUUUGGUACCCCUCCCCAGAUCUGUGCCUCGACACAAUCCUGUCUCGGAGCUCUACGGACAAUUCCUUCGACCUCAUGGCUUGGUUUUUUCUCUGUCAACUGUGGGACCUUAUAUAGACAGGUGUGUGCUUUCAAAAUCAGUUGUAGAAACAUCAAGGAUGAUCAAUAGAAAGAGGAUGCACCUGAGCUCAAUUAUGAGUCUAAUAGCAAAGGGUCUGAAUACUUAUGUAAAUAAGGUAUUUCUAAUACAUUUGCCAAAAUGUCUAAAAACCUGUUUUCGCUUUGUCAUUAUGGGGUAUUGUGUGUAGAUUGACAUUUUAGAAUAAGGCUGUAACGUAACAAAAUGUGGAAAAAAUCAAGGGGUCUGAAUACUUUCCGAAUGCACUGUAUAUUGUUGUAUUUUACAUUUGUGUGACUUUCCUUGUCUAUCAGUGUUUUGUUACUUGUCAUGUUGUGAUAACUAAUGUAAAAUAUACUGUAUCCGUAAAAUGUAUAUAGGUUCAGAACUUUGUCCGUAGAGCUCUGAGACAGGAUUGUGUUGAGGCACAGAUCUGGGGAAGGGUACCAACAUAUGUCUGCAGCAUUGAAGGUCCCCAAGAACACAGUGGCCUCCAAAUGGAAUACGUCUAGAACCACCAAGACUCUUCAUAGAGCUGGCCACCCGGCCAAACUGAGCAAUCGGGGGAGAAGGGCCUUGGUCAGGGAGGUGACCAAGAACCCGAUGGUCACUCUGACAGAGCUCCUCUGUGGAGAUGGGAGAACCUUCUAGAAGGACAACCAUCUCUGCAACACUCCACCAAUCAGGCCUUUAUGGUAGUGGCCAGAUGGAAGCCACUCCUCAGUAAAAGACACAUAUGACAGCCCGCUUGGAGUUUGCCAAAAGGCACCUGAAGAACUCUCAGACCACGAGAAACAAGAUUCUCUGGUCUGAUGAAACCAAGAUUGAACUCUUUGGCCUGAAUGCCAAGCGUCACAUUUGGAGUUAAUCUGGUACCAUCCCUACGGUGAAGCAUGGUGGUGGCAGCAUCAUGCUGUGGGGAUGUUUUUCAGCGGCAGGGACUGCGAGACUAGUCAGCAUCGAGGGAAAGAUGAACGGAGCAAAGUACAGAGAGAUCCUUCAUGAAAACCUGAAUACUUUCCGAAUGCACUGUAUAUUGUUGUAUUUUACAUUUGUGUGACUUUCCUUGUCUAUCAGUGUUUUGUUACUUGUCAUAUUGUGUUUUUUGUGGACCCAAAAGCUAAUGGGAGAUCCAAAUAAACAAGGAAGCUGCAUUUUCGAAAGGCCAUCAUUAGGCUUCCAUCAGCCUCGUGUUGAAGGUGACUGUUAGCACUAUCAUGCCAACUCCUUGCCACUCUUUGUCAAUGUCAUGACAAUGGCAUUUGGCUUGACCAGGACACUGGACAGCAAUGGAGUAGGCAAGAGCACAAACAGGUCUGGGGCCAGUUAGCAGCAUUAUUCACUUUCCUUACUACAUCUUAACCAUGCAAUCCUUUCUUAGCUUUCUUAUUCUGUGGUUUCAGGUUGUGCACAAGGCGGCCAUCACCGUGGACGAGACCAGCAGCACCGGGAAUGCUCGUGCCCCGAACAUCUUCGCUAGUCUACCUCCUCGGCUCACCGUCAACCGGCCUUUCCUCUUCCUCAUUUACCACCAGGCCACCAGCAGCAUUCUCUUCAUGGGCAGGGUGAUCGACCCCACCAAGAAGUAACUGCGACCGUAACCAUCGUGUCAUAUAAGUGUUUGUGGUUGAGUAAUAACACUGUAACUAACGGUCUUGUCUGCCUGUAUUGUCCUCUUAUAAACACUCAAGUUGCAGGGCACCAUAUGAGUCUGUGUAGAUAGUAUUAAUGCAUCCUUUUGGUGAUUUACUUGGUGAACUAUAGGUCAUAUUCAGAUAUAGUGACACUUGAGGUCAAAUUGCAGUUGGACAAAAUGUCUAGUUUUUCAGUAAUUGCACACUAAUAUGCUGAGCAGUUAUGUGAUGGCCUUCAUCUUAAGUACUACUAUCCUUCUCUUUUUAGCUCCCUCCCUUUGAGGCUUAAUUUGUCAUUUAAAAGGCACUGAACAUGUUUUGCCUUCUGUAAUCUAAAAUGAUAGAAUUUGCAGUAUGUAACCUAUAGGGACCAAUUGUGUUUAAAUCAAAACAAAGGACUAACAAACUCUGUGGUGUUUUCCGG